UUGACUUCCCACUCAAACGCCUUGGAGCGUUCUAUUUAAAAAUAUUACACCGCGAGGGGGCGCUAUCGAAAAACGGAAAGCGACACCGAAGAAAACAAAGACCACAACUGUUGUUCCAAAUGUCAGUUUAUGUGUCGCUUGUUCUAAAGAAAGCAAACGUUGAGUUUUUGGAAGUUCGAAAUUUGGUCCUUCAUUAGAGAAACCAGUGACGAUAUGACCAGAAUUAUGCUGACUUCACGAGAACUAGUAUUACUAUGCAGGUCUUCUUCAAACAUUAAUUGCGGUAGAAUCGUAUACAAUAACGAUUUCCCAUAGCCUGUUGAACAUGGCUGAAACACUUUCGGGGACAGACGAUUCUGAGUCAGAGACGUCGGACGAUUCAGAUGUAAACGACUCACUGGAAGAUGGAGGAUCUGAAGCCUCAGCGAUGAUAAAUGAUCACGUGGUUGGUAUUUCCAGAGAAGAGGACAAUUUCCUUCGAUAUUUCUUGCAAGCUCACCUUGCAGUGGACGCUGUUCGUAUCUGGUUUGAUACCAUAGUUCCACCACGGAAAUUAGAAAAACAUUUAAAACGACACAAGAGAAAAGCUUUCAAGAAUUGUAGCGAUGAACAAAAGGGCAUAUUGUUUCCAGAGAAUCCAGUCACGUCCGAAAAUUUUGACAUCACUCUUUUCUAUAAGAUAAUACGAAAUACUACGGAUGUUAAGAGACCAACGAAAGGUUGGGGAGAAGAACCGGAACCUUCAGAUACAGAGCCCGCCGAUGACUUGGAACGAGUCCGGAUAUGUCGAAAUUCUCUCAGUCAUUGUCCACCGUCAGUCAGCGAUGGGGAGUUUAAAAGAAAGUGGAAGGAUUUAAGCGAGGUAAUAAGAAGACUCGGAAAAGGUCAGCUUGACAGAAAACUUGAUUCCUUGAAAGACAAGAUCUUGGAUUGUUCAACCAGAAACUCCUUAAGACUGGAUCUAGCAGCAUUACGCGAAAGAGUUCACGACGUGGAGAUAUCCAUUGCACAUCACAUUCCACCAAAUCUAAAAGAGCAACAUAGGAAAUUGUUACAGAAAUGGCGAGAAGAUGACAAGUUCUUCUUAGAAAUUCACAGCUAUAAAACAAUCAUUGAAAAUAUAAAGAGAUUAGAUCACGUGACAGUCACGGGAGGAGGUGGUAUAGGAAAGACAUCUCUCAUCCGCCAUGUCGCUUUGCAGCUCGCUCGCGAGGGAUUUGAGAUCCUUCCGAUGUCGUCAAUUGACGAGAUUAUCAUUUGUGGAAACCUGGGUGUUAAACAAGUAUUUGUUGUAGAUGAUGUUUUAGGAGUCCAUGGUGUUGACGUUGGUUUGUAUAACAGUUGGAUGGCAAAGUCCGAAAGAAUAUUCAAUCUACUUGAAUCAGGAUCAAAAUUGCUGAUGACAUGUAGGUCUGUCGUUUUGAAAGAGUCAAAACAACUGGAUAGUUUGGUUACACAUUUAGAUCAUGUCAUUGAUUUGGGUGAUGAGGAACAUCAGUUGACCGAUGAGGAUAAAAAUGCCAUGCUUGGCAUUCAUUGUAGACAUAGACAAUUAAGACAGGAAUGUUUUGAGAAUUUUUGUUUGUCUAACUCAUUACCAAUGUUCCCUCUGCUUUGUCGGUUGUUUUCAUCUGACGAAAAAUACCAAGAAAUGGGCCAGAAUUUUUUUCAUUUACCAUAUCGAUGUUUAUUCUCAGAGCUGAAUAAAAUGCGAGAAAUGAAGAAAAUGCAAUAUGCAUCCCUGGUUUACUGUGUCAUGAAAGAUAACCGUGUCUCAUCACAUGAUUUAGACCUAGGAUGCCUAGAGGAUGUCUACAACUGCUGCAGAGUAAACAAGUCAACCUCUGACUGGAAACUUAGAAACGCGCUGAGAGUAUUGGUUGGGUCAUAUCUAGUGCAGGACACUGAUGGUAGAUUUUCUUUUAUUCAUGACAAACUGUUUGAAAUUGUUGCAGUCCAUUUCGGUAAACAAUUUCCAGACUGUCUGAUUAAGUACGUUACUUCCAGCUUUAUCUACAAGUUUAUAGAAUUUGAUGAGAAUGGGUCAAUCGUCAAUGAAAGUCGCAUUGCUGUCUCAGAAAUUCACUUUCCUGUUUUGGUUAAUUGUGUUAUUUGUGAUAUAAGGCGUUUCCAUUUGUACGAAGUGUUUAAUUGUAAUAUAUUGAAAUCUACAGCAUUCGUUUCCGAGUUUUGCAAGGUUUGCCGUGAUUUUUCUCUUCACGAAAUCAAGACACUGCUCUUUGAGGAUACCCACUGCGAAAUGUUAUAUGAAGAAACAAAUAGAAAAUCAAAUGAAAUGGAGAAAAUAUCAGAUAUGGUCUUCGACAACCUGGAGAAUGGUCGUGGGGUUACGAAAAGAACACUGUCUGAGUGGGAUUGUAAAUUUAAGAUUUUAAAUCGACAAGUUUUUAAGGUUUUGUAUUGGAUAAUUGGAUAUGGUCAUGUGCAUCUAUUAUCCAGUGUCGUUGAACUUGUCCACAGUAAGACCCUCAGUGAGAACAGGAACAUUCCUGGUAGUGGCGCAAACGUUACAGAAACUUCAGAAAUCAUGUUUGGUAAGGACCUGGAAUCCCAGUCAACCUGCUUAGCACUGGCCUGUGCUAGUGGUGAUGUAGAAAUGGUCAACCUAGUGUUAGAUCACGUGAAACCUGAAUGUAUCAAUCACAAAUAUGAUAACGCUGAUAAAGAGUCUAGACCGUUAUUUGUGGCUUCAUUAAAUGGUCGCAGUGACAUUGUGAAUGUUUUGUUGAGAGAAGGAGCUAGCGACGAGCAGAAUUGCGCUAUAACGGUGGCUUGCCUCUUUGGACAUGAUGAAGUUGUAGCGAAUUUAAUCACUCAUGGAUGUGAUGUUAAUUUUUCUUACGCCGAGAUAGGUCCAUCGUUGUUUUAUGCUUCCGCUGCUGGUUAUAUAGAGAUCGUGAAGAAUCUUAUUAAGCAUGGUGCUAUUGUCAAUUUCUGUAACUGUAAGGGUAUGUCUCCACUGUAUGCUGCGUCUAGAUAUGGUCAUCUGGAGAUUGUGAAAUAUCUAAUUGAGAGUGGGGCGGAUGUUAAUCUCUGUGACAAUGAUGGUAUAUCUCCAUUGUAUAUUGCAUCCUAUAAAGGUCAUCUGGAGAUUGUGAAGAAUCUAAUUGAGAGUGGGGCAGAUGUCAAUCUCUGUGACAAUGAUGGCAACUUUCCAUUGUCUAUUGCAUACCUUAAUGAUCAUCUGGAGAUUGUGAAGUAUCUAAUUAAGAGUGGGGCGGAUGUUAAUCUCUGUGACAAUGAUGGUGUAUCUCCAUUGUCUAUUGCAUCCUAUAAAGGUCAUCUGGAGAUUGUGAAGAAUCUAAUUGAGAGUGGGGCAGAUGUCAAUCUCUGUGACAAUGAUGGCGAUUCUCCAUUGUCUAGUGCAUCAGGUGCAGGUCAUCUGGAGAUUGUUAUAUAUUUGAUGGAGAAAAACGCGGAUGUCAAUAUUGGUGUGAGCUGUUUAUCUUGUGCGUGUUCUGGUGGGCAUUUAGAUGUUGUGAAAUAUCUAACCGAUAAGGUGGAUGUGAAUCAGGUAGGCGUCUUGUGUGAUCCCGCACUUCAUGCUGCAUCUAGUUGUGGUCACUUGAAUAUUGUGGAGUAUCUGAUAGAACAUGGGGCGGAUAUUAAUUUACUGAGCUCCUCUAAUGAUAGCCCCCUCUACUGUGCUGCAGAGAAAGAUAAGUUAGAAGUAGUUAGAUGUCUUGUACAACACGGUGCUGAUAUAAACCAGGGUCUGGAAAUUGCAUGUCAGUGUGGUCACGAACAGGUUGUGGACUAUUUGUUGAACUAUUUCUACUAAAAUCAGCUACUGCAAAUGCACAUAAUCUUUGUAUUACAUUUCCUGUAAUGUAUCGGAUAUAAAUGACUUCAAUUUAGAACAAAUAUACUAGUUCUAUCUGUGACUUAUGUUUAACGCUAUAUUUUUAGCUAAUAAAUGCUUUAGAAAAUUAAUCAUUGUAUAUUUUACAAAUCUUCUUGAUCGUGUAUAAUCAUUUCUGUUUUUCCUUAUGAGUGACACAUCACGCACAGGCGUAAUUAAAAGGAGUGUUGGUUGAUCGAAUCUAAAUCAUUUUACGUCCAUUUGAGAUCAGUCAUAUUUUCUUCACUACAGUAAUGUGAUAGUAUAAAUAUGAAUUUCUAUAUGUAUUUAUUCGUUUUGAUAUUUUGCAUUGAUCGUUUUGCUAAAUACAAUCUUAAAAUUCACUUUACCGUAAGUUCAAUUGCGCAUCUGGAUUGAUUUGGCUGAGUAAAGUUUUAUUCUGUUAUUUCAUUUGUUCUUUGAUUUCAUUGGUCAUUUCAUAUUUCUUUAUCCAAUAAUAGUAUUUCAGUAUAUGUAUAAAUCUACCGCGCUUACCUAUGUAGUUAGAGCAGUAAUACGUUUUGAAGAGUUACAACCAGCUGAUAUCUUCCGUAUCUUAUGGUAUGUUAUUUCUAUAUUAAAGUAUAUGUUUCAUUUCCAUAUAAAGAACCGAUAUACAUAAUUAUUUUGAUUGCAAGUUCUUUACUUUAUUGUAAUUUUGCUUUCAAAGUCGUAAUUAUUAUAUGAGUCUGUAAGAUCUUAAUCUAAAUUAUUUACAGAACACAUGUACAUAUUUUUAUAAAGUAUAGUAUGCUUCUAAAACGUUUACUGUUGGUACAAUUUACAAUUGUCAUAUCUCACUUAUGUUUUUCUUUAUUGAUUUGUAAUAUUAUCUAUCUGUUAUUGUAGGCCAAUGCCUUUAUUUUCUACUCAAUAAAUUAAUAAAACCAA